AGCACUCAAGUCUCAGCAGACACAUCUUCUGUCAGACUCAUGAAAUGGAUUCAGUCUAUGCCAAUUCUCGUGUCAUACUUUCAACAGUUGCUUCAGGUGAAUACAAAGGCUCUCAAUACAAAGGUAACUCCACCAAAGUGCAAGAAAGAGAGGUAAUUUCUCCUAAGUGGACUAAAGUUCUUCUGACUCUUCUGGGUUUCUCUCUUGUUUUUGCUCUCGGAGGUCUCUGCGCUCUCUGGAUGCUUUAUAAUCAUAAUCUUGCUGAUUUCGAAUCACUGAAUGAGCAGCAUAUCAUGGUUUCAAAGCAACUGGAAGCUCAAGAGAUCAACAGCACAGCCCUGAAGAAACAGUUUAAUGAUCUUACAGCCAGAUACAACACACUCAGAGAAUGGCUGUCCUUUAGUGAUGCUCAGUCUUGUAAUCUCUCUGUGGAUGGCUGGAUAGCCUGUCGUGGAAAGCUGUAUUUAUUCAACGCUGAUAAACUGAACUGGUCGAGCAGUCGAGAUGUUUGUGUUUCUAAAGGAGCCGAUCUGGUCACCAUAACCAGCCGAUCAGAACAGGAUUUUCUGGUCUUUAAAAUUAAAGUGACGCACUGGAUUGGUCUCAAUGAUCUGGACACUGAAGGACACUGGGUUUGGGUGAAUAACCAAACUCUCAAAGACACUGGAGUACAGUUCUGGUUCAAUGAGGAGCCGAGACAACCUGAUAACUGGAGAGUAGAGGACCCGUCUGGAGAGAACUGUGCUAGUCUGGGAGAUCAUAAUGGCAAUUUUCAAUCUUGGUUUGAUGCUUCUUGUAAAACAAAGAAGAAGUUUAUCUGUGAAAAGAAAUAUUUCAAUGUGUCUGUGUCUGAUCAGGACCACAAUGCCACAGGAGAGGGAAAUUACAAACAACAGUUUGAUGAGCUUCACAACCAGCUUGAGGAGACACUUAGAAAUCUGAACAUAUUAAAUCACAGCACAGGUUGUGCACUUUGUUCCGUCCACUGGAUUCAUUUUGGGGGAAAGUGUUACUACUUCUCUACGGUCAAGAUGAACUGGACACAGAGUCGAGAUCACUGUGUGACUCUAGGAGGACAUCUAGUGAUCAUAAACAGCCAAGCAGAGCUGGAUUUUCUUACCUCUAAAGUUAAAGUGACUCACUGGAUUGGUCUGAAUGAUUUGGACACUGAGGGACACUGGUUUUGGGUGAACAACCAGCCACCUAAUAAUUCAGUAGAAUUCUGGAUAAAGCGAGAGAAUGGAGUCAGAGAGCCUGACAACUGGACUAAAGGCCAUCCGGCCGGUGAAGACUGUGCUAGUCUGGGGCAUCCAGCGGGAGAGACGGACUUCUGGACAGAUGCUUUCUGUUUUCAAGAGAAAAGAUUUGUGUGUGAAGCUGCUGCAGUGGUUUAAUUCAAUACAUUUUCAUUACUUUGAAUGGAAAUAAAUGCAUAGAACCAGUUCAUUUGUAAUGCAAUGAUAUAUCAAUAAUACUGAAAACAUAUUUGUCAAGUUGUCAGACAACGUACUUUCCGCUUCCGCAUUCUUCAUAACAUUUACGCUGAAUGUCCUACG